AUGACAGGUAUAAUAAAAAAGUUAAAGUCAUUUUUCAUAUAUGGAGUCCCAACAACAACUGCAUCUUCAUCAUCAUUGUCCCAAACAUCUGUUGUCAAUACUUUAAAAAGUUUGUCAGGAUUUUUAAAAGUGAAUUCUGAUCCAAAUGAUCAGUGGAGAAUUAUAAGUGAACUUAGUGAUGGAGCUUUUGGAAAAAUAUACAAGGCCGAGCAUGUCACGUCAAAGAAGUUGGCAGCAUUGAAACAAGUGGACCUGAUUAAUGAUGAAGAUAACAUCACUGAUUACUGUGUUGAGGUGAAGGCCUUGUGUGACAUCAAUCACAUCAAUGUCAUCAAGUUGUACGAAGCCUUCUACUUCAACUCCAAAAUUUGGAUGUUUCUAGAGUAUUGCAAGGUCGGCUCUCUAGAUACAAUAAUGCAGGAACUUGAACGACCAAUGAAUGAAAAGCAAAUUAGGUCAGUUGCCAGACAGCUGUGCUUGGCCUUGACCUACUUACAUGAAACCUGCUUCAUUAUUCACAGAGAUGUGAAAGCUGCUAAUGUUCUGGUCACUGAUGAGGCUUGCAUCAAGUUGGGAGACUUCGGAGUGUCAGCAUUGUGCUCUGCAGCUGACAGUCGGAGGAACUCAUUCAUUGGAUCGCCUUACUGGAUGGCCCCAGAGUUGAUUGAAUGCGAGGUGAGUAGAGAGCACAGUUACGACUGCAAAGUUGACGUUUGGUCGCUAGGAAUCCUGAUGAUCGAGUUGGCCCAACUUGAUCCCCCCUUCAACAAAAUGAAUCCUUCCAGAGUCACAUUGAAAAUCAUCAAAAGUCCCCCUCCUAUACUGGAUAAACCUGGAGAUUGGUCGGACGAUUUCAACAGCUUCGUAGCAUGCUGCCUCCAGAAAGAUCCACACAUCAGGUACAGAUCGUCACAAUUGUUGCAGGUAAGUAAAUGA